AUGACGGCGACUGCCGACCGGUCCUCUCCCGUUCAGGUCCAUGAGGCUUUACAGUCGUUGCUAAUGAACAAGGACCAUUAUCUUUCUGUUCAUCCGCCCUUUGAAGUUGUCGCUUUCUAUUUCCCUUUUCGCUCGCCUUUAUCCUUAAUUCUUCAGAUCCUUCAAAGGGAGCCAGUAUAUAAAAGCAAUUUUGACCAUCGCCCUCUAUGUGCGGACCACAAGGAGAUCCAUACUCCUUCCAAAGCAUCAAACCCGACUGACCACGUCGUUAUUUCUCCAUCUUCCGGACCAACACGCACGCAGAAAACCUCACGCAGAGCAUCACCCUACAGCAGUCCUUCUCCGGAUCCUGAGCCACUACCUGUUCGACACAAUUCGCCUUCACCCCCAUCAACUUUGUCGUUAUUUUCGUCCAUCGAGUCUCUGUCUAGUGAGCUCGAGCAUGAUUCUGACCGAGAGCGGCUUGCACGUUCGCGAAGCACUAGACGGGUCUCCUUCGUCUCCGACAAUGGAUCCAGUACAUUCUCCAGAUCCAGAGAUCACUCUGCUUCGGCCACAGAACAUACAUCUACCUCCAAUUCCACUCUAAACGAUUCAGCCCCUAAAAAUGAUGGAAGAAAGGCUCGUACGUCUUCGGCAGAGAAGAAGCACGAUCCACCUCCCCUUGUCUUCGAAGAUGAUUCCGAUGAUGACUUUUUGAUACCAAAACCACCCGGUGAAGUUGGAAGGCCAGGUCGCGGUGGUUACUCCCUGUUUGAGGUCUUAUCGUGGCCAAGGAAAAAAUACGACAAAGUAAAGAAAUACAUCAAUAAGCUUGUCGAAGAUAACCUGGAUUGUGAACUUCCGAUGAGCGAGCAACGUGCGGUAAACGUGAAGAAGGUCCGACAUGAAGCUGUCGCGAAAUACGUGUUCUUGAAGGAAUAUAGGGGGUUCUGGGCCCUCGACGAUUUCAUUCGAAACCAUCUAAAAUACCAGAAGUCCGUGCUUCGGAGACAGAAAUUAGAGAAGAUGGUAGCGGAUGUCCGUCCUGCGGUGGUCGAGACGAAGGGAGCGAAGCGCACAGCAAAGUGA